UUUAUUUUGGAAAGCACCAACUUCCGGCGUAGUUAGCUAGCUGCUAGCGUUCCGUCUGACGCAGCAGAGGCGUCUCGUUACAGAGCGACAGCAGCCUCCGUGGACUUAAAGGCGGUUGUAUCGGGUUACCGGGGCUCCCCUUUGUGCUCGGCAGCCGCCGGCCCAGUGGAAGCACCGGGACAACGUCGCCUUUCCUUUGCCGCCGCCGUUCAGCGGACCACACCCUCCCCGCUUCCUCGAAGCCAAGCAUCGGGAGCGCGCAGCCUUCCUGCCACCACAUAACUGGGGUAACUCUCCCGCCGCGGAUCCCAAACGACCCUGGAGGAGCAUCGACUGGGAUGGGUAUGAGAGACGAGUCCCUGCAGCGGGCACGCCACGGUGCCGACUCUCCAGCCCCGAGAUGAGCUCCGGAGGAGGAGGGCGGACUGACGCUGACGGACGAUGCCUGAGCAGCAGCUAGCUUCAAACCCCGGGCUGUGUUUGAGGAGGAAGCGGCUAAAAGCGGAUUGAGGAGGCUUUAUCGGACGCUCGCCCUCGUGGUGGAUUUUCCUUAACGGACCUGAUGAGAGGAUGGUGCUGGAGGCUAACCCGAACCUAGAGAAGAGCCUAACGGGGCGCAGACCCGGCGGGUCAGACCCAGCCGGCACCAGCAGGACGACAUCACGGAGCAGCUCCAGUCAUGUCCACACAGGAGGAAGAGACUGUGUCAUGUAGAGGUGAUGCUGGGAAGCACCUGGAGCGUGGUGACGUCACAGACCUGAGUUAAACCUGUGUUAUUGUGAAACAUGUGACAGGCCAGCUCAAACAGGAAACGCAGUUGGCAUGGUGUGUUGACUUCCUGUGUGCUGACUGACCCGGCUCUCUAGGACAGACGCUGAUCUGUGCUCACCAGAAGCAUGCAACGUGCAGACGCACAAAAACAAGUCAUCUAACCGUAGCCCAGGCCCCGCCCCUCAUCAGUAUGGCCAGUGGAGGGUCUGCGAGAUCAACCGGUGAAGGAUCCAGCAGCCCAGUCGGCGCCAGUUUGCAGCAGAGGAAGAGGCUCUCCUCCAUCUGUGAUGCAUGCAAAGCCAAGGUGCAGCUGGUGGCCGACCUGCUGCUGCUGUCCAGUGAGACCAGGCCAGUCAUGACUGCUGAAGGUGCGGUGCUGGCCGACACAUUCGACCAGUGCCGCGACACCGUCAUAGCCAGAACAAAGGAGCUCUCCAUCCUCACCCAUGACAUCCAGAGCCAGCUCAACAUGGGCCGCUUCACAGAAGUGGGGGACCGCCUGCUGGAGAUGGUGGACUUGGUGGUGUCUCUGACCGAGUGCUCCGCUCAUGCAGCCUACCUGGUGGCCGUCGAGAGCCCAGGAUCGCAGCCCUGCCUACCCGGUUUGGUGGACCGCUACAAGGUGACCCGCUGCCGUCAUGAGGUGGAGCUGAACUGCAGCGUCCUCCGUGUUUCUCCUCUGACAGACCUUACCCCCCAGCUCCUGCUUGAGCUCUCCCAGAACAUCUCGACCAACCUGAAGAAUCUGUCGGACAUCUCGCUGCUGGCCAGCGAGAGGUCCAGAGACCGCUUUGCUAAAGAGCAGUUCAAGUUGAGCGUUAAGAGCAUCAGCACGAGCGGCAUGGCCUUCCUGGCCUGCGUCAGAGAAGUCAAAGCCCAGCCCAGCGAGCUGACCCGGAACCGAUGUGUCCUGUUCAGUGCUGCUCUGGUCCAGGCCGUCGGCGCCCUGGUUGGCUUUGCCACAGAGCCACAGUUCCUUGGAAGACCUGCAAGUAUUUCAUCUGAAGGAAAAGGGGUGCAGACUGCAGUGUUGGGGGGGGCGAUGAGCGUGGUGUCUGCCUGCGUUCUCCUCACUCAGGGCCUUCGAGACGUCGCCCAGCAUCCCAACGGCAGCUCUAAAAUGGCCGAGUACCGGGAGCGUCUGCACAACUCGGCGUGUGCGAUUUCUGACGGCUGCACUCUGCUGACUCAGGCCCUCCGAGAGCGCUCCUCUCCGAGGACCCUGCCUCCCGUCAACUCUUAUUCCAUGAGUUAGUCCGGGAGACGGCAGCGUGCGGUUCUGACGCGCCAACGAGGAUCCUUCGUCCGUUACUCUAGUCACUGCCGAGUCCCGCGUUGUACCAGGUGGGACCUGGACCUGACAGCUCUUUACCACAGACCUGAACGUUUACCUCAGUUUGUGUCCUGGUGAACACACGCACACACACACACACACCUUGACGAGUCGGAGUGUGUGUGCUUGGUUGAUUUUCUAUGAGAGUGAAACCGUUAAAAGCUGCUGUGAUGCUGUGCUCUUGGUUUGACACUAUUUACUAGAUUGUUGUACUUUCAGGUGUUCUGACCUUGCAUGUGAUGGAAUAUUUAUUCUAACUAUUAAAACGGUUGGUUCUGGC